CGCCCGGCUUGGGAGGUGGGGCUUCGCCCGGAGGCGGGCCUUUGGCGGGGGCGGGACUCCGGCCUCCGUGGCGGGCGGUUAGCGGUCCUGUUAAGUCUGAGGAAGCGAUGGCGGCAUGCGCAUUAAGGCUGCUGAUCACACUGCUGGCUUUCGUGGCCGCUGCCUCCCAGGCCGAGGUCGAGUCCGAGGCGGGAUGGGGCAUGGUGACGCCUGAUCUGCUCUUCGCCGAGGGGACCGCGGCCUACGCGCGCGGGGACUGGCCCGGGGUGGUCCUGAGCAUGGAGCGGGCGCUGCGCUCCCGGGCCGCCCUCCGCGCCCUCCGCCUGCGCUGCCGCACCCGAUGUGCCGCGGACUUCCCAUGGGAGCUGGACCCCGACUCGCCCCCGAGCCUGGCCCAGGCCUCGGGAGCUGCCGCCCUGCGGGACCUGAGCUUCUUCGGGGGCCUCCUGCGCCGCGCCGCCUGCCUGCGCCGCUGCCUUGGGCCCCCGGCCGCCCACUCGCUCAGCGAAGAGAUGGAGCUGGAGUUCCGCAAGCGGAGCCCCUACAACUACCUGCAGGUCGCCUACUUCAAGAUCAACAAGUUGGAGAAAGCUGUCUCCGCAGCACACACCUUCUUCGUGGGCAAUCCUGAGCACAUGGAGAUGCGCCAGAACCUAGACUAUUACCAAACCAUGUCUGGAGUGAAGGAGGACGACUUCAAGGAUCUUGAGGCUCAACCCCAUAUGCAAGAAUUUCGACUGGGAGUGCGACUCUACUCAGAGGAACAGCCACAGGAAGCCGUGCCCCACCUAGAGGCGGCGCUGCAGGAGUACUUUGUGGCCUAUGAGGAGUGCCAGGCCCUCUGCGAAGGGCCCUAUGACUACGAUGGCUACAACUACCUUGAGUACAAUGCUGACCUCUUCCAGGCCAUCGCAGAUCAUUAUAUCCAGGUCCUCAGCUGUAAGCAGAACUGUGUCACCGAGCUUGCUUCCCACCCAAGUCGAGAGAAGCCCUUCGAAGACUUCCUCCCAUCACAUUAUAAUUAUCUGCAAUUUGCCUACUAUAACAUUGGGAAUUAUACACAGGCUGUCGAAUGUGCCAAGACCUAUCUUCUCUUCUUCCCCAAUGAUGAGGUGAUGAACCAGAAUUUGGCCUAUUAUGCAGCUAUGCUUGGAGAAGAACAUACUAGAUUGAUCAGCCCCCGUGAGAGUGCCAAGGAGUACCGACAGCGAAGCCUACUGGAGAAGGAACUGCUUUUCUUCGCUUAUGAUGUUUUUGGAAUUCCCUUUGUGGAUCCGGAUUCAUGGACUCCAGAAGAGGUGAUUCCCAAGAGGUUGCAAGAGAAACAGAAGUCAGAACGGGAAACAGCCGUCCGCAUCUCCCAGGAGAUUGGGAACCUUAUGAAGGAAAUCGAGACCCUUGUGGAAGAGAAGACCAAGGAGUCAUUGGAUGUGAGCAGACUGACGCGGGAAGGUGGUCCCCUGCUGUAUGAAGGUAUCAGUCUCACCAUGAACUCCAGACUCCUGAAUGGUUCCCAGCGGGUGGUGUUGGAUGGUGUCAUCUCUGACCAUGAGUGUCAGGAGCUGCAGAGACUGACUAACGUGGCAGCAACUUCAGGAGAUGGCUACCGGGGUCAAACCUCCCCACAUACUCCCAAUGAAAAGUUCUAUGGUGUCACUGUCUUCAAAGCCCUCAAGCUGGGGCAAGAAGGCAAAGUUCCUCUGCAGAGUGCCCACCUGUACUACAAUGUGACAGAGAAGGUACGGCGCGUCAUGGAGUCCUACUUCCGCCUGGACACGCCCCUCUACUUCUCCUACUCUCAUCUGGUGUGCCGCACUGCCAUUGAAGAGGUCCAAACAGAGAGGAAGGAUGAUAGUCAUCCAGUCCACGUGGACAACUGCAUCCUGAAUGCCGAGACCCUUGUGUGCAUCAAAGAGCCCCCAGCCUACACCUUCCGGGACUACAGUGCCAUCCUUUACCUUAAUGGGGACUUCGAUGGCGGAAACUUUUAUUUCACUGAACUGGAUGCCAAGACCGUGACGGCAGAGGUGCAGCCUCAGUGUGGAAGGGCCGUGGGAUUCUCUUCAGGCACUGAAAACCCACAUGGAGUAAAGGCUGUCACCAGGGGGCAGCGCUGUGCCAUCGCCCUGUGGUUCACCCUGGACCCUCGACACAGCGAGCGGGACAGGGUGCAGGCAGACGACCUGGUGAAGAUGCUCUUCAGCCCAGAAGAGAUGGAUCUCUCCCAGGAGCAGCCCCUGGACACCCAGCAGAGCGCCCGGGAACCUGCACAAGAGUCUCUCGCAGGCAGUGAGUCAAAGCCAAAGGAUGAACUAUGACAGUAUCCAGGUCAGGUGGAUGGGUGACUAGACCAUGGAGAGGAACUCUGUCCUGCACUCUGGACUGGCUGGCCCCUUGGGGCUGCAGAGCAGUGAGCCUACGUCUGCCACUCAGACAAGGGGACUCUGCUCACAGCCUUCUACAUGGUGCUACUGCUUUUGGAGUGGACAUGACCAGAUGCUGCACCCCCUGGACCUGGCUGAGGGCUCAGGACGCAGGCCCGGAGCCAACCCAUGGGGCCUCCACAGGCAGCCACACGACAGCAAUACAGUAUUUAAGUGUCUGUGAAGACAACCAAAGAAUAAAUGAUUCAUGGUUUUUUA